AUGGCUGAUUAUCCCGCAAGUGAGAGCUUUCUGACAGAUGAGCCUGAUGAUCGAUUCCUGAAUGGCUCCCAGCUCUCGCUUUCUGGUGAAAAUAUGGAAGCAAAGGUCAAGGAGAUAGAAGCCCGAUUGGACCGAAUGAAGAUGGAUCAAAUGAGGGCGGGACAAGUUCCGAGCGAAGGAUACCCCUCUCGACCACCGCCAGUUCGGCAGAUGAGCAAUCCGAAUCCAAGAGCUGCAGACAGAAUUCCUGACAUCUUCUGA